UUUUCAAAAUGGAAAAUCACAUGUCGUUUCUACUUUACUUUAAUUUCUUUCGGAGGUGUUUAGGGAUACAACUACAGAAAUCGAAACAUUUUUAGCAGUUCUCUUCUAUUUUUCUUCUUUUCCGGAAUAAAUAAGCCAGUUACGACUUACGCAGUUGAUUCGCCGGCUGCCAACUCCGCCGCCACCGCACCGCCAGCGCCACUAACGGCUGGUUUCCGCCGCAAAAACAAAUGGGUCACAACAAGCCAAGACGAUUCAGAAGCCAUAACUCUCAUCGUGGGGAAGGCAGCCGAAACCGUCAUCAAUUUCCUCCUGAGGACGAGCCCCCACCGUCUGAUCAAGCUCAUGAAGUGGAGGAGCCAGGAGGUCCGAAAAUCCAACUCGCAAUGUGGGACUUCGGGCAAUGUGAUGCAAAAAGGUGCACAGGACGCAAGCUUUCAAGAUUUGGCUUGAUAAAAGAGUUACGUGUGAACAGUGGUUUUGGUGGCAUUGUUUUAAGUCCAGUUGGAACUCAAUGUGUAUCUAGAGAAGAUUAUAGCUUAAUCACACGAAAGGGAUUAGCUGUUGUGGAUUGCUCAUGGGCACGCUUGGAUGAUGUACCGUUUGUGAAGCUGCGUUGCAGUACUCCUCGCCUCUUGCCAUGGCUAGUAGCAGCAAAUCCAGUAAAUUACGGUCGACCAUGCCAGUUGUCUUGUGUGGAGGCAUUAUCAGCUGCUUUAAUUAUAUGUGGGGAAGAGGAAACUGCAAAUUCGCUGCUUGGAAAAUUCAAGUGGGGUCAUGCUUUCCUCUCUCUUAACCGGGAGCUUCUAAAGGCAUAUUCUGAAUGUCAGAGCAGUGCUGAUAUUAUCUCAGUUCAAAAUUCUUGGCUUUCCCAACAAACCCAGGUCCCGAAGGGACGCACGGAAGUAGAAGGGGAAGAGAAGUCACUUCGGAGUGAAGAUGGGGAGUCUAGCGAUUCCGAUGACGGGCUUCCCCCACUCGAAAGGAACAUGAACCAUCUGAACUUCCAAGAAACAGAAACUGAUGAAGAAAGUGAGUAAAGAUGAUUAUAUUUUACUUCCCAUCUACCUGGUUAACAGUAACAGAAGCUAGUGCCUCAGUACGUCACUUAUGGAUAUAAUGAAAGUAACGUAUAGAAAUACCCUGCAGAAGAUGGUUUAUAUCUAUUAUGUAUUUAUUUAUUUGCUAUUUUUGUUCACUUGUAACGUCUUUCGUUUGCUCUCUUGGAACUACUAAACUGUACCGAGGUAGGGAGGUGUUUUUUUUUUAGAGCAUGAAGGCUAUUUUCUGUGAUUAAUGAUCUAGAUAAAAAAAAAAAAAAAACGAUACACGAUUCUAUUGAAGGUUGAAUAUGCAGAGGCAAAGAGCCAAAGGUGAAUAAGAUUUAGCUUGCUCGUUGAUAGGAAUUUGAUG